AUGUCUAGUAUUAGUGCUUCCAAUGAUGAAGAGGCUUCUGCCAAAGCAGCAGCAGCCAUUGCUGACAGUGGAGCUCCUACCAUAUUUGACAAGAUAAUUGCGAAGGAGAUCCCUUCCACCAUAGUAUAUGAGGAUGAAAAGGUCUUGGCGUUUCGAGACAUCAAUCCACAAGCUCCUGUUCAUGUGUUAGUCAUUCCAAAGUUGAGGGAUGGACUAACAUCACUUGGCAAGGCUGAAUCCAGGCAUGGAGAGAUAUUGGGUAAUCUUCUCUAUGCAGCCAAAUUAGUGGCAGAGAAAGAAGGUAUCCUUGAUGGAUUUCGUGUUGUUAUCAACAAUGGUCCGACUGCAUGUCAAUCUGUGUACCAUCUCCACUUGCAUGUUCUUGGUGGGAGGGAGAUGAAAUGGCCGCCUGGUUAA